AUGACGACCGCCACAUCCCCCAUCCUGUUGAAAUGGGACCCCAAGAGUCUUGAGAUUCGCACCCUGACGGUGGAGAGACUGCUGGAGCCUCUGGUCACACAGGUGACCACCCUGGUCAACACCAGUAACAAAGGGCCAUCCAGUAAGAAGAAGGGGCGCUCCAAGAAGGCCCAUGUGCUGGCUGUAUCUGUGGAGCAGGCCACACAAAACUUUCUGGAGAAGGGUGAGCAGAUUGCUAAAGACAGCCAGGACCUCAAGGAGGAGCUCAUUGUAGCUGUAGAGGAUGUUCGCAAGCAAGGUGAGACAAUGCGUAUUGCCUCCUCUGAGUUUGCCGAUGACCCGUGCUCCUCAGUGAAGCGCGGCACCAUGGUGAGGGCCGCCCGGGCUCUACUGUCAGCUGUCACCCGCCUGCUCAUCCUUGCCGACAUGGCCGAUGUCAUGCGGCUGCUGGCACAUCUUAAAAUUGUGGAAGAGGCCCUGGAGGGAGUGAAGAAUGCGACCAACGAGCAGGACCUAGCCAAUCGCUUUAAGGAGUUUGGGAAGGAGAUGGUGAAGCUGAACUAUGUAGCUGCCCGAAGACAGCAGGAGCUGAAAGACCCUCAGUGUCGGGAUGAAAUGGCUGCGGCACGAGGGGCCCUGAAGAAAAACGCCACCAUGUUGUACACUGCCUCUCAGGCCUUCCUGCGCCACCCUGAUGUGGCAGCCACGCGCGCCAACCGAGACUAUGUGUUCAAGCAGGUGCAGGAGGCGAUAGGAGGAAUCUCCAGCGCUGCCCAGGCCACCUCGCCCACUGACGAGAAGCAUGGCCAUGCCGGCAUCGGUGAGCUGGCUGCUGCCCUCAAUGAGUUUGAUAACAAGAUCAUUCUGGACCCGCUAACGUUCAGCGAGGCCCGGUUCAGGCCCUCUCUGGAGGAGCGUUUGGAGAGCAUCAUCAGUGGCGCCGCACUCAUGGCCGACUCCUCCUGUACACGCGACGACCGCCGUGAGCGAAUUGUGGCUGAAUGCAAUGCCGUCCGACAGGCCCUGCAAGACUUGCUGAGCGAAUACAUGAACAAUACCGGCAGGAAAGAGAAAGGUGACCCACUGAACUCGGCCAUCGACAAAAUGACCAAGAAGACCAGGGAUCUCCGUAGACAGCUGAGGAAGGCAGUGAUGGACCACAUCUCCGACUCCUUCCUUGAGACCAAUGUUCCCCUGCUGGUGCUCAUCGAGGCGGCUAAAAGCGGCAAUGAGAAGGAGGUCAAGGAAUAUGCUCAGGUGUUCCGUGAACAUGCCAACAAGCUAGUCGAGGUGGCCAACCUAGCCUGCUCUAUCUCCAAUAAUGAGGAGGGUGUGAAGUUGGUUCGAAUGGCUGCCACCCAAAUUGACAGCUUGUGCCCACAGGUGAUCAAUGCUGCACUUACACUGGCUGCCCGUCCCCAAAGCAAAGUGGCUCAGGACAACAUGGAUGUUUUCAAGGACCAGUGGGAGAAACAGGUGCGCAUCCUUACUGAGGCUGUAGAUGACAUCACCUCCGUGGAUGACUUCCUGUCAGUCUCAGAAAACCACAUACUUGAGGAUGUCAACAAGUGUGUGAUCGCUCUGCAAGAGGGAGAUGUGGACACCCUAGAUCGGACCGCUGGAGCCAUUCGCGGCCGAGCUGCUCGUGUGGUCCACAUCAUCAAUGCCGAGAUGGAGAACUAUGAGCCUGGAGUCUACACUGAGCGUGUCCUGGAGUCCAUUAAACUCCUCUCUGAGACGGUUAUGCCCCGUUUUGCAGAGCAAGUGGAGGUUGCCAUCGAGGCCCUGAGUACAAACCCCCCACAGCCCUUUGAAGAAAAUGAGUUCAUCGAUGCGUCCCGUUUGGUCUACGAUGGUGUUCGUGACAUCAGGAAAGCUGUUCUCAUGAUACGGACACCAGAAGAGCUGGAGGAUGAUUCUGACUUUGAGCAGGAGGACUAUGAUGCUCGCAGCAGGACCAGUGUCCAGACUGAAGAUGACCAGCUCAUUGCUGGUCAGAGCGCCAGGGCCAUCAUGGCCCAGCUUCCCCAGGAGGAGAAGGCCAAGAUCGCUGAGCAGGUGGAGAGCUUCAGGCAGGAGAAAUGCAAACUGGAUGCCGAGGUAGCCAAGUGGGAUGACAAUGGAAAUGACAUCAUCGUGCUGGCUAAGCAGAUGUGCAUGAUCAUGAUGGAGAUGACAGAUUUCACCAGAGGCAAAGGCCCACUGAAGAACUCCUCAGAUGUCAUCAACGCAGCAAAGAAAAUCGCUGAGGCUGGUUCUAGAAUGGACAAGUUGGCCCGCGCUGUAGCAGAUCAGUGCCCUGAUUCAGCCUGCAAACAGGAUCUCCUGGCCUACCUACAGAGAAUUGCCCUCUAUUGCCACCAGCUCAACAUCUGCAGCAAGGUCAAGGCUGAGGUGCAGAACCUAGGAGGAGAGCUUAUUGUGUCUGGGCUGGACAGUGCCACCUCCCUCAUCCAAGCAGCCAAGAACCUCAUGAAUGCAGUGGUGCUGACUGUGAAAGCCUCCUACGUGGCUUCCACCAAGUACCAAAAGGUUUACGGCACAGCAGCUGUCAACUCGCCUGUGGUAUCCUGGCGCAUGAAGGCCCCAGAAAAGAAGCCGUUGGUGAAAAGGGAGAAGCCUGAGGAGUGCCAGACUCGUGUUCGACGAGGCUCCCAGAAGAAACACAUUUCCCCUGUGCAGGCCCUUAGUGAGUUCAAGGCCAUGGACUCCUUCUAA